AUGUCAUUGCUUCCUGAACCUCUAACAGCACUGCUUACGCCGCCGAUGAGCAUCGACUGCCUGGCAGAGGUACCGAAAAAAAGAAAUAUCAUAGCUGAUCUAUACACCGAGUGCACGAAGUUCUAUCUCAUGCUCCUUAAGCGAGCAUCUUUGGACCGAGAUCUCCCACAACACAUCUACCGUGGUCUCGAAAGCAGCUAUAGCUCGCUUGUUCUUUGGGCUCAGGGAUAUGGCGUGGCAGAUGGGAAUCUCGAUGAGCUAUUGAAAAAGUCCCGGUUGCUGCAAAGCAUGACUCUGGAGCCGUUGAUCCAAAUUAGCGAGACAUUAAGAAAUAGGCUUCACCCCCGAUUCGCUUCGCGUAUGCAUAAGAACGACUUGUACCCAAAGUAUACGUUAUUUUUGCUCAUCAACGAAGCCAAACAAAUGUUACGCGCUGUUCAAGACGGACUCCAGGGUCUAGAGGGUGGGGAUAUCGCUCCUUGUCUUGAUACACUAGAUUUACUAGACGAAGACUCAUUGGAAGAUAUGGUGGCCGAUAUCAAGACCGAAACUCAGUGCUUGAUCGAUCUCGACUCAAUGUUUGAAUAUCCUGUCAGUGACCUGGACAGCCGCUCUGCCAACCAGUACGAGGAAAUGCCAACUUCUAAAGUACGGCGCGAAAUGUUCGUUGACUACUUGCAUCAGAAGUUCCCAUUGGCUCAUCAAGACCUUAUUCAGCAGCUUGGUUGGUUUUUAAAUGGAGGUUUGGAUAUGCGAGAGCGGGAGCAUGACCCUUCCAACGUGAUAACGCCAGAGGUUCUAAUGGGGAGAGCUAUUCGCGACACCCUGGUCUCAUACUUUACAGUCUGGACACUACACAAUGAUCUUAAUUCCACCUGCCCUCUUUGCUGGGAGAGCGUUGGAGACCCACCGCAAUUCUUUGAGUUGCAUCUACCCCAGCAUGCAGAUGAACUAUAUUUUCUAGCAAGUCAUCCGGGACUCGAUACGACCAAGGGAAAGAAAAUCGCUGAUUCAAAUGAGACCGAAAUGAAACCAGCAAAGCCGAUAUCAAAUAACUUGUCUCAAUACAGGAAGGACAACAAGUCAUCUGCGUAUACGAAGAAGGACCUAGUUCUACACGAUAAAAAUGAACAUGAAACGAUGAAAAUCAUGGACUCGAACAGACCAAUAAAAGAAGAACGUGCGAAUAUCAUAGCAACGUCUACAUAUAGUCGAUCUCGAACGCGGACUUAUUGUCAUCUUUGCAGUGACCAUCCUGAAGGGUUUCGCGGAGAGCAUGAGUUGCGCCGUCACAUUGAGCGUGCUCACACAGUGAUCCGCAAGUUCUGGGUGUGCGUGGAUAUCUCUCCGGACAAAAACAUCCUUGCCAACUGCAAAGCUUGUAAGAACGGCAAGAAGUAUGAAGCAAUGUAUAAUGCAGCCGCGCAUUUGCGUCGUGUUCAUUUCCGACACCAACGUGAUCGUGGCGACAGCGAUAUCAAGCGCCGCGGUGGCAUUAGCGGCAGCGAUACUCCUCCUAUGGAUGUGCUGAAAGAAUGGAUGAAGGAAAUGGAAGAAGUGCAAGUUGAUGGUACGGAUACAGAAUCUGAACGGGGUCUCCCUCGUGUGAGAGAAUCUGGGUUGCCGAUGACGGCAGGGCAAUCAUCUCAAGAUGAAGCUGCUCCAGAAGAACUCCUGACUAUCGACCUUCCGCCCAUUUGUUAA